AUGUCUGAACUCUACUCAAUGAAGCAUUGCUUGAAGUAUCCCUACUUCACCUUGGAUCUGGCUGCAACGGAACCCUUCACUUGGAGCGGCGCACGCACAUACAGCCAUCGUAGGAUCUGGCUUAGGCGCGCGCUGUUCACUUUCGGCGCUAUAAAUUUGGUUUAUCAAAAUAUCGGUAUGCUCAUUUAUCUCUUCAUGCCGCACGAGAGCAGCGCUCAGUCUACGAUCGUUCAGGUAACCGAAACUGGAGGCAUUAUGGGGCUAACCAUGGUCGGAACAUCGAAUAUGGUCGUCAUGUUUUGGUAUGGAGACCGAAUAGCGAUGCUUUUAGAGAAAUUUCAGCAGUUAUUUCCUACGGCAGGCCUCCAAAGAAAAGCCAAGUUUACGAAACGAUCGCUCAGAGGUGUGGAAUUUCCACAUCGCAUUGAGCAUUUUGUGUUAAAGUCCAAUAAACUGAUGAAGCUCGCGACUACACUUUACAUGUUCGCAUUUGCUUAUUACAAUUCUCUGCCGAUUGUCGAGUUUUUGUACGAAUGGACGACACCGGGUGUCGUUUGGAAAUAUCGUUACCAGUCCAAUACGUGGUAUCCCUGGCAAAAUGAGCGUAACGCCAAAUCAUUUGCGUCAUUUACGCUCGCUUAUGUCUGCCAAGUGCAGUCGUCGCUGACCGGUGUCGCCUUCAUUAUGGCCGCAGAAUUUAUGCUCUGCUUUUUCACGACACAGUUGCAAAUACAUUUCGAUUACUUGGCCAAUGCGCUGGAGACAAUCGAUGCCGCUGGCGCAAAUGCUAACGAGGACUUGAAGUAUUUAAUAAACUACCACAGUCAGUUGCUGAACUACUCCAAGGAAACUAAUGCUAUCUUCAAUGUGUCAUUUAUGGUGAAUCUCUGCACUUCUGCCAUAGCGAUCUGUUUGAUGGGCUUCUCCAUGGUCAUGAUCAGCUUGGCUCACGCCUUCAAAUACUCCAUUGGUCUGACUUCAUUUAUUGUUUUCACGUUUUUCAUAUGUUACACCGGCAAGGAGCUAACGGAAACGAGUGAUAAGCUUCUGAACGCGGCUUUUUAUGGCAACUGGUAUGAUGGAAACUUGGCUUACCGAAAAAUGAUACUAUUUUUUAUUAUGCGCUGUCGCAUACCAACUGAAUUGAGAGCAUACAAAUUCACCACAGUCUCGAUGCCCACCUUUACCGCAAUUUUAAGAUCGUCUUAUAGCUUGUUCACAUUUUUUCAAGCCAUGGGUCAGUAA